AUGGGGUACUGGAUUUUGAACGAAACCACAAAUUUCAUCAUACUGGUUACAUGGCUGGGAUUAAACCUAUAUUUGUUUAUUGACACCUUUAUGUGGUAUGAAAAGGCGGAUUCUUACCUCUACACGAGAAUUCUACUAGGCCCAACCUUGGCUUGGGCCAGAGCUUCUGCGAUGUGCCUUAAUUUCAACUGUAUGCUUAUCCUGUUUCCAGUGUGUAGAAACUUUGUUUCAUUCCUCAGAGGAACAAGUACAUGCUGCAGAGGACAUCCAAGAAGAGUUCUAGACAAAAACAUUACUUUUCACAGGCUUGUUGGCUAUAUGAUAGCACUGCAGGCAGCUAUCCACAUUAUUGCACAUUUGCUAAACAUAGAACGCUAUCACACGAGUCAAUCAAAGGAAGCCGGGGGAUUAUGUAACAUGCUUUCUUACGUCGGAAACAAUUCCAAUGAGAGUUACUUAAAUCCAAUAAGAAAUUAUAACACGAAUAUAACAAAAGAAGUAUUUUUCACUCUUGCUGGAAUCACCGGCUUUGUUAUUACUUUGACUCUUGUCUUAAUUGUAACUUCAUCUACAGAGCUGAUGAGAAGGUCAUUUUAUGAAGUAUUCUGGUAUACUCAUAACCUGUCUAUUGUUUUCUUUAUCGGCCUUGUUUUACAUGGUGCAGGACAGGUAGUCCGUGGUCAGACAUCUCAAAGCCUGUUACUCCAUAACAUUUCCUACUGUAAAGAUCAUUAUGACAAAUGGGGAGAAACAGCUCAGUGUCCAUUACCAGAAUUUUCCGGCAACAAACCUGUGUCUUGGAAAUGGGUGAUAUGUCCUUUAGCCGUGUACACUUGUGAAAGAAUAAUACGUUUUUGGAGAUCCAAACAAAUGGUUGUCAUCACAAAGGUUGUUAAACAUUCAUCUGGGGUUUUGGAAAUUCAGAUGAAGAAGCAUGGGUUUAAAAUGGAGCCUGGCCAAUAUAUAUUCCUUCAAUGCCCUUCAGUGUCGCAAUUAGAAUGGCAUCCAUUUACACUUACAUCAGCUCCAGAAGAGCAAUAUUUUAGUGUACACGUGAGAGCCAUUGGUGAUUGGACAGAACGGCUCUUUGCAGUAUGUGGAGCAGACGAAAACAUAAGUUUGGAACCAUGGCAACUGCCAAGGUUGGCUGUAGACGGACCAUAUGGCUCAGCAACUACAAAUGUAUUUGACUAUCAAAUCAGUGUAUGCAUCGCAGCUGGGAUCGGAGUCACGCCGUUUGCGUCAGUGCUGAAAUCUAUUUGGUAUAAGUACUGUAACCCAAAUCCACUGACGAAGAUAGAAAAGGUGUAUUUCUAUUGGAUUUGUCGGGAUACGAAUGCCUUUGAAUGGUUUGCUGAUUUUUUAAUAUCCUUAGAAGAAAAAAUGACAGAACUGGGCAGAAGUAAUUUUUUAAUCUAUCAUCUUUUUCUCACUGGCUGGGAUGAGGAUCAGGCUGCACACAUUGCUUUACAUCAUGAUAGACAUCUGGAUGUUAUUACAGGUCUGAAGCAUAAAACACUCUAUGGGCGACCCAACUGGCACAAAGAAUUUAGUCAUAUAGCAAAUAAUCACCCAAGUAACAGCAUUGGAGUAUUCUUCUGUGGACCAAAAUCCAUCUCCAAGAUACUCAACAAGAUGUGCAGUUUGUAUUCUUCUUCUGAUCCAAGAGGGGUUCAUUUUCACUACAAUAAAGAGAGUUUUUAA